UUCCCCUUCUUCCUCCUUUUCUCGGGCUCCCCGCGAGCGCCGCUAGCACGGCGAAUGCUAAUUUCACAAUAAUGGCAACAACUAGGGGAGUCAGUCUGCUAUUUCAACGUAAAACUGUUCAAUUAAGUAGUGCAAUCAAUGGAUCGUCAAAGUCGUUCCAUAUAUGUUACAAUUGUGAUGUUUCUAAACUUCGAAAAGUCCCCCCUCUGCUAUCAUCCCUUGCUACUGGUAUGAAUUCAAUUUUAGCUACAUCAUGCUCAUUCCAUAACAGUCCAUGCUUAUUUAAACAAGAUUAUUAUCAAGUGCUUGGAGUUGCCCGUAAUUCAUCUCCUAAGGACAUAAAAAAAGCUUAUUAUCAAUUAGCAAAGAAGUACCACCCAGACACCAACAAGAAUGAUCCUAAGGCUGCCAGUAAAUUUCAGCAAGUAUCAGAAGCAUAUGAAGUCCUAAGUGAUGAAACCAAACGACAAGAAUAUGAUCAAUGGGGAACAACAUCUGAACAAAUGGGUAGAAGGGGACAGACUGCUGACUUCAAAAAUUGGAAUUUUGAGUCUGACUUGAACCCUGAGGAACUAUUUAGAAAAAUAUUUGGAGAAGCAGGUUUUAAUCCUGGUGCUUUUGGUGAGAAACUUCAUGAAACUGAUCACAUGGCAAACAAACAUGGAUAUGCUGCUGCUGAAGAGAUUAUUUUAAAUCUUACUUUCCAUCAAGCUGCCAUGGGUGUUGUCAAAGAAGCUGUCAUCAAUGUUGUUGACACAUGUGGACUUUGCAAAGGCUCACGUUGUCAGCCAGGAACUAUAGCUGGCCCGUGUACUUGGUGCAAUGGUUCAGGAAUGGAAACUAUUAGCAAUGGUCCCUUCGUCAUGAGAAGCACAUGUCGUGGUUGCAAGGGCACUGGAAAGUACAUCAAAUUUCCGUGCCCAGAAUGUGAUGCAAAGGGUAUUGCUAUACAGAAGAGAAAAAUAAGUAUUCCAGUUCCUGCAGGUGUGGAUAAUGGUUAUGUACUUAGAAUACAAGUUCCAAAUCGAGAGGUUUUUGCUACUGUGAGAAUUGAAAAAUCCAAGUAUUUUAAACGUGAAGGAGCAAAUGUCCACACAGAUGCUACAAUAUCUCUAUCUCAAGCUGUCCUUGGAGGAACUAUCCAAAUUCAAGGGGUGCGAGAAAAUCAAACAGUCCAGGUGGCGCCUCUUACUUCCUCUCACACAGUGAUUCGUUUAAAGGGAGCUGGUAUAAAGAAAUUAGAAGGUACUGGAUUUGGUGAUCAUUUUGUUACAUUGAAAAUAGGAAUGCCCAGCCGUCUCACCAAUGAGCAGCAAUCACUUAUUCAAGAUUAUGCCGAAACCGAAACAAAUACACCAGGCACGAUAUAUGGGAUGGAUAUGAAAACUAAAGGAAGAAAAGCAGAAAGUGGAGGUGGCUGAAAUCCCAAUGGAUGAUGUCUCUAAUUUUAAGACCUCCAAAACACACGGAACAAGAUUGCCUGUGGUUUUUGAAAUGCAAGAACUUCAGAGUUGUUUUUGUAUGGAUUGCAAAGAUUAUUAGUUCUAGUCCAAAACUAGGUGCUCAAGCAAUUAUGUUAGACUUCAAAGUACAACAUUGUAUACCAUUGAAAACAAUACAUUGAUUAUAAAGUAUCAAUUUCAAAGUAAGAGGAUUGGCCUUGCACGGCUGCACUUUGCUGUGUAUUGUUCUCAAUCUUCGGGGGUUGAAAAAAAUUCUUCUGGUGUGAGUGGAAGCUUCUUGCUAGUGAGCCUCGUAUAAUAAAUUAAUGAUAUACAUACAA